AUGGCCGUGCUUGACAGGGAAAGAUGGAGGGAGAGGAAGGCAUGGCACGUGGAUGAGGGAGAUAUGUAUAAAGUCCACGAUGAAAAUGCGUUCAUCAAGAUCUGUUCAACAGCAACCACCGUUUCCUAUACCAAGGCAGCUCAGAUCAUUUGGCCUUUGUCGUUCGGGUCCACCUUCUGGCCCGCUUUUUAUUACAUUGAACUUGUCCUUCUCCCUCUCCAUAGGGUUACAUCGUUGACGUCUUUUCCUUACACCAUAUCAGUCGGCCAAUCGAAUUCCCGCAGCCAGUCAGGCACCUACGGCACGUCGAAUACUUCUCAACUCCCACCGCAGCAGGGGAUCAACAACGGGUCUAGCCAAACUCAAAAUGGCCAUUCACCCCAGAACGGCAUUGCGGACACUUCAGACCCCCCCUCAGCAUCAAUAAGAGAAUUCAUGGAGUUCUCAGCCAAUCGGGAGAUCGUUGAGCUCCAUAAUGCCAUCGUCAGAGGGGCGCAGCCAAAUGGAGGGGGCGAGACUCACCCGGCUGGAGAGAGCGCUUCAAACGUCUCUACUUUCAGCGCCGAUCCUUAUGGCAAUAUUGAGAGACAAGAGUUGGGCCUUCCGGCAUCUACUGGCGAAGCUUUGCAAAACAUUCCGACGGCAUCCAUGGCAGAUUAUAUGACGGAUCAGACAAAUAUGGAUAUCUUGUCGGUGGACUCAAUUCCCAGUAAUGAGCUUGCAGCAAGUAUGGGCUCACUCCGGAUCGUUCAACGCGACGGCCAUACCACCAGCUAUACGAUUACCAAUGGAAACAGCACGUCGAGAGAAGACAACCAACCAACCCGCUUAAGAGGUUACUUGCCACAAGAAGAUCCCGCAACACAGCAUCAAUGGCAGAGCGAGUGGACUUCCGAUCCUGUACGCCACCAGAACACUCCACUCCCAACUCCUACGUCCCCGGUUAGAGAAGACGACCUACCUUCGGUCUACUUGACCGACUUGCGGCUAGGUUCACGGACCGAAGAACGGCUCGCUGCGUACGCACACUUUUUUGGUGAUUCUUCCGAACAUGAGGCUAGCGAGGAAAUUGCAGCAAGCAAUCAAGCUGACUUAACUCCGGUACCACGUCGCAACCCCCGAAGGCGUGGGUUGGCAAGGCGUGCUUCGUUGAGACGAACGACUGAAGCAGACCAAGAGUUUUGGCACGAGUGCAAUGGUCCUGUGAACGAUAAGUAA